AUGCUGGGAAGGUUGUAUAAAGAUAGUCAUCUAUUAAAGACGAGCUACCGUCUCUAUUUUAGACCUAUUCCAAAUAAUUCAACAAGGAAUCCCCCUCUUUGGAAAAGAUUUAAUUCCACUGAAUCAACCACCAGGGAUUCGAAACCACAAUCCAAAAAUUCAUCAGAUUUAAAAAAUUUACAAGCAUUCAUAGACAGCAGACUCAAUUUAAAGAAAAAUUUCAAAUUCGAAGACCCAAUUGAUUCAUCCCAUCCCAAUUUCCAUAAAUUUAAUGCUUUCGAUGAUAUUGUCCAUCAAACUUUAUCUUCUUCAAAGAUAAAUAAUUUCAAUAGAAAUGAUCAACAGACAAAUAGACUGAUGAAGAGAAGUCCCUUGUUUUGGGAUUCUGUAACAAAGGCAAUGGAUCUAUACAAUGAACUCGCAUUAGAACAUGACAAUAAAUUAUCUUCAAGUAGAGUAUCAGCAUUAAUUAAUUUAUUACAUAAUGGUCUAAGGAUAAAUAGAAAUCAACUCAUUAAAUUGAACAAGAAGCCAGAUUACGAUUCAAAAUCAUUCAAUUUUGAAAUUUCUAAUUUUCUUCAAGGUGCAAUAUUAAAAAUUAGUAACGAUUUAAUCGCUGGAAAUAUUAAUGGUAUCAGUGAAUAUGGGUUAAUGCAUCUAUUGACAUCAUUGAAAGAAAUGGGAUUAAUAGAUCGAGCAAUCGCCCUCUGGAAAUUCGGUUUAGUUAAUGAAAAUUUGACGCAAAUCUUCCUACAACCAAAAUGCGUAGGUGUCAUAUUACCAUUAUUGUAUGAAACAAAUACAUAUACAUUCGAAGAUUGUCAGAAACUUUACGAAUUGAGUUCCAAGAAUGUAGAUUAUUAUCAUCCAAAUUUAAUGUGUGGUAUGAUUUCCACAUGUCUAAUGGCUAAUGAAAAUGUGAAGGCACUAGACAUUUACUCAAAAUUAUGUGAAAUUGCCACAGAAAGACAAUAUAAUUACCUAUGUGAUGCACACUUAUCAUUUAUUGGCUAUUGUAAAGAUUCUAAAAUAUCUGAAAAAUUCUUAGAUAAAGCCAUGGCCAAUGAAAUGCCAUAUAGAGUAAAUUUGAAAGUAUCAUUUGUGAAUCUUUUCUUGCAAAAUAUGCCUCUAAAUGAUGAAAAUGAAUUUGAUGAGUUGAUCAGAGUUUGGAAAAAAAUUAUCAAUUACUACCACGACAUGAACGUUAAUAUUGGUGUAUUAUCCUCAUUAAACAACACAUUUUUUGAAAUUUUUUUCAAAUACUGUUUAAAUGAUAAGAUAACAGGAUUCAGUAAGUUAUCCAGUGUCAUUGAUAGCUACAAUAAGACACUUUCCAUUGAUGAACCAUUUUUAAAUAUAAUUUUAACCAAGUCUCUAAUUUGGUAUGAUGCAGAUGUUAUUCAAUUUAUUCAUAAAAAUUAUACUUUAUUCAAUAUUCCAGAAACUAUUAUUACAAAGAGAAUACUACUAAAAUCAAUGGCUGUCAUUGAAUGUCCAAAUAUAGAAACUGAAAUAUUGUCUAGAUGGGGGGAACUGAUUGCAAAAUUAGAUGAAAUGGGUAAUACAUAUUUGGCCAAUGCAGAUUGGGCCGCUUUGAGAGAUGCUACUCUGACAUGGGCGCAAACUAACCAGGUUGAAAAGAAAGAAGAUGCAAUCAACAGAAUUAUUCUAUAUUUAAGGGUUGCCAAAACUUACAAACCUUACUGUCGUGACUCAAGACAAUUUUUAAACAUUACAGAGGGUUAUGCUAGAAAUUUCGAAAACAUGCAAAAAUACCUAGCCAUGUUAGAUACAUUAGAGCCCAUAGAAAUACCCGAACUCCAUUCUUUGAGGUCGGAUGAUCGCAUUAUCUAG